UCGACCAAUUAGCGAGCUGUUUGGUUUGCGUGCAGUGCUGUGUACUGCCCCUUGGUCGACGGAGCUGCUGUAUCGUAAAGGAAGGAGCAGUUGGGAAAUGCUCUAGAAACGACAACGUUAAGCAAGAGUGGAGUGCGUAGGUGGAUCUUGUGGUGAGCUUUGUAUAUCCUGCACAUGUAGUAGAUGAUCCAGACACGUAGCCUGAAGGCUGCACUGCAACAAUGCCAGAGUCCUCCCUGGAAGUCAAGGACAUUUGCAGCAGCUCCGUUGAAUGUAGAACACCCCCCUUGAGGCAGUUUAGCCAAUCAUCGCUGCCACUGCACAGAAAGUCCUACAUGCUCAGUACCUUCUGCACAGAGCACAAUGUGCAAGAAUGUCUAUUGCACAUCAGUCAGGAAGUGUCAUCUCUUGGCCUCCCACCAGUUUGGACGGAGUCUGGCGGCACUUCAGAGUUAGAUGUUGUGGCUGUGCUAAAUUGCAUGUAUGACCUGAUUCAGCUGCACCGUAGGGGCCUCCGAACCCUGGAAAACAUGGAAGUGGAGCAGCUCAAAUCCAGCAGCAAUGUCGACCACCUGCAGCUCACCAGCACUCGGCUAAAAGAGCAGCUUGAACUGUCCAAAAGGGAAAACAGUGGACUCCUUGAGAGAGAGCGACAGCUGCAGCUGAAAGUGAAGAGUUUGCAAAACUGCCUAAAAAAUGAAAAAGAAGAGGUGCAAAAACUUCAGAACAUAAUCGCAAGCCGUGCCAGCCAGUAUAACCAUGAGAUGAAAAGGAAAGAAAGAGAAUUUAAUAAACUGAAGGAGCGCUUGAAUCAACUUCUGGUUGACAAAAAGGAGAAGAAACAAGCCAUUGAUGUAUUAAACAGCAUUGGAAGAGCUGAUGGGAAGAGAAGCCUUUGGAAAACUGAAAAGACAGAGGCAAAACAUGAGGGGGAAAUGUAUAAGACCCUGCUGAGUGAUUAUGACACCCGACAAAGGGAGUUGCUGCUGGAAAAUGCAGAGCUGAAUAAAGUGUUGCAGCAGAUGAAAAUAGAAAUGAUGUCCAUUCUGAGUUCAAGGAAACCAACCAUGAAAGGCGACAAACAUCAGGAUGAUAGCACACAGGCUGACUCACAGGAGGAAGAGGAAGGGUUUGAUUCCAGCAAAGAAAGUGUAGAGCUGUAUUGUGUUCAUGCUCGAGAGAAGCUGACAAACAGUAUUCGCCUCCAGUGGAGAAGACUCAAGAGCCACGUUGAAAGACUGGACAGCCAAGCGUCUUUGGCUCAGCUGGAAGAGAGUAAAAAUGCUAAUGCUGUUUCCCGUGAGACUCAUGAGGAGGAGAUGGACAGACUGAAGCUGGAGAUCCAGCAGUGCAAAGACUUCAUCCAAACACAGCAGCAGCUCCUGCAGCAGCAGCUGAGCUCUCCUUGUGAUGAGGAGACGACAUCCCUGCUGAGCGACUGCUACAUGCUGCGGGAGAAGGAGAGCCUCAGAGAGGAGUGGAAGACCCUGGAGGAACAGAGGAAGAUCUUCGAGAGGGAGAGGAGGAACUUCACUGAAGCAGCUAUAAGACUUAGCCAUGAGAGGAAAGCCUUCGAGGAGGAUCGAGCAACCUGGCUCAAACACCAGUUUUUAAACUUGAGUCCAUUUCCCGACUCAAAGAAACCCCCAAUGUCCAAGUCUAAAAGUGCCUUUUUAAUAUCUGAAACAAAGGCGAGUGCUGCGUUGCCUCCCGACAAGCUCAUCAAAUGUCUGUCUGACACAACCUCCCCCACGCCCAGGUGUGUCCCAGUCACGUCACCAUCAACAGCCGACUUGUAUCAUACACUUUGCCUUAUCCCAGAAAACAGCUCCACCAAACCAAAGGGAAUGACUGAACACCUUGAAGAAUCAAGCUUCUUUUUUAAUGGAAAUGCUGGAGAUGAGCACGAAUAUCAGAAUGACAGGGAAGACCACAGCAGCCACGCGCUCACAAAAGAAAAGAACACAUCCACAUGAAGACUUAAAACUUGAAUAAUUGUUAAUGUUCGUUACAGAUGGAUGAUUUGCGGUAUCUCAAAAUACACCUGAACUGUGAACACCAAACACUUUCAGGAAAGACUGCGAACAGUCAAAGCCAAACUGGUUGGCUGCUGGUAUUCUGUGCUCUGUGUGAUUAAGAGAGAAUCUUUUGUCUGAUUGUUUCUUUUUUUUUUAAUAUCUUGCUGUCUUACUUUUAGACUAUGUGAUAAAUUAUUUAUUUAUGUGGUACCGUAAAUCAUGUUUUGGCAGUCAUAUCUAAUAUCUAGUAUUUUAAUGUGAGGCUGGAAUUUUGUGACCACCCAGGUGUCUCACAAAAGAUCAUGUGUCCAACUAAUGCUCAGCUCUUCUUGGUGGAUGCUGGUGCGCCUAAACGUGCGGCAAAUGAAAUGUUGCCAUUCACGGCUUUUAAACUUACGUUACCGCAUUAAUGCUGCUGCUGUUUCACUGAAUGCAAUAAGAAAACUAGGUAGGACGUUAAGUAUGUAUCUGUAGUGUGAAUGUGCUUGACAGCACUUUCUAGUAACUGUUACAGUUACAUUAGCAGCAUGUGGUGUGUGAUGUCGCUGUUAAAUAGAAAGGCUGUAAAAUUUACUACAAAUUGCAUAAUGUGUAAUAGACCCUGACACUGAAGUUAGACCACUUUGUGUUUAUUUUAGUGGCUUUAUAUGGACAGAUUAGAAUAAUUCAUACAAGAGGAAUGUAAUGUGUUCUAGACAAGCUUAUAUUCCUGAAACAUUCAUUAUAAAUUCUUGAAACACAA